AUGUGGCAUUUCGAAGCUCUGACAAUCUGCUCCAAAUGUUUUCCAUAUUUGUUCAGCCUCCUUGAUUCAAAUACCAGGAACAACUCAGCCAGCACAAAGCGAAGCUUUGGGGGGCAAAAAAACCUCACACCCCCCCAUCAGCGCGCGACACACACACACACACGUGAAAACCUAAAGUUCAUCAGGAUGGGAAAGGAGGAGGAGAAGAAACUCCAGCACAGCACGUCCCUGAAUAACCAGAGCCAGACAGGGAAGGCACCCGAAGGGGAGAAAAGCACCGACUCGAGCAAGACGCAGGAGUCCGCGAUGAAGAAGAAGAAGAAGCAGAAGAAAACCACCAAGGGGGAUCCCAAAACUGGCCAGGAGGAGGAACCCCCCCCUUGUUGGGCCUGCCGUUUCCCGCUGCUGUUUGCUUUAUUGCAGCUGGCGUUAGGCAUCUCUGUUACAGUGCUGGGCUUCCUUAUGGCAGGCAUCAGUUCUUCUCUGCUAGUCAGAGACACUCCAUAUUGGGCUGGGAUAAUAGUCUGCGUGGUGUCCUUAGUGGGAUUUGUUAUGCUUUGUAUUUCGUACCAACCUGAUGAGAAGACGUGUGUGCAGUUUGCAGUAAAGCUGAUGUAUUUUCUCCUGAGUGCCCUGGGUCUGGUUGCCUGUGUUUUGGCAGUGGCUUUUGCCUCACACCAUUACUUGCAGAUGACACAGUUUACCUGCGAUACCUUCCUCGAGUCCUGCCAGUGCAAACUGGACACUGCAGACCCCCUCGGCAGGACCUUCAUCUACCAGGACGCAGCUGACUGCGGCAGCCUCACCAGCAUGCUCAACCUGUACUUACUUCUGCAGAUGGUUCUCAAUCUGGUGGCAGCCCUGGUGUGCCUGGCGGCAUGCUUCGUGAUGUGGAAACACAGAUACCAGGUCUUUUAUGUGGGCGUUCGGUUCUACCCUUUAACCACUACUGAAGGCCAGCAACAGAAAGUGUAG